GACGUGCGAGAGUGCAAGCACUAUAUGUAGUGCUGGGGCCGGGCGCGUACGAUACAUACGGUGCGGUACUCAGUGCGCUUUUUUAUGUUGUUCAUUUACAUCCAGUGGUAGUGAUAGGGUCAGCUGCACGCAAUCAAGCCGGCCGGAAACUUACAGUACAUCUAGGCCUAAUACAGCGAGUGCGUCUAUGGCAUACACUUCGCACACGCACAGAAUCUGUACACUACAUGUACGUAUUUAACGAAGUAAGCUGGGCCCGGCAGAGAUACUCCUUCCAAACCCCAUUUUCCGGGGUAGUUGUUGCGAACCAACCGGCACCAUUGUGGUUGUAGCAGACACUAUGGGGGAUUUUAUGCCCCCCAAGAAGCAGCAAGUCGUCAAUCGGAUCAAGGAGAGACUUGAGCGGUGCAGGAAACAUCAGGAGUUGUCCCUGUCGCGUUAUGACUCGACGAAGGACGAGCGAUGGUCGCAGGAGCGCCAGGAGAAAGAAAUACUCCACCAGCGCUACCAGGACAACCGAAGCAGACGACAACCAAAGGGUCCAAAGCAAGACGGGGGACAGAAUAAGACCAAGACCGAGGGUAAUGCCACAGGGACUGGAGGAGCAGAGGGCCCCGGCAGCAGACAGCAAAUCUUGAACAAACACUCAGAACGAAAGCGGCCUCAUUCUGAAGCUACCAACGGUCCAGAUCCCUCCACUGUCUGCGAGUCCCAAGCCAAUGGAUUUGAUGAUACAGCCAGCAAGCGCCCUUGCACAGAAAUCUCUGUCCAGAUUGUUCAGAAGACAGGGGAGCAGACUGAUCUGACGGUGACCACAACAAUCCAGCAAUCGGGGGACAGCUCUGCUGAGGCCAGCAAUAACAACAUGAGGUCGCAGAAUGGCUGCAAGACCUCCGAGUGCCCAUCAACGGUCAACCAGAGCAAUGGCCAACACCAGGGGUGGACCGAUGAUAAACGGCAGGAUCUGGAGAAGCUCUUGGAUGACCCCGAGCGUCUAGAGGAGUUCAUGAAGCAGCUGGAGAAUGAUCCGGAGCAGAUGAAAAGCUUUGAGGCUGAGCUUGAAAAGAUAUGCAACAAGAUCCAGCAAGACUUGGGCGAUGGGGCCUUCCCUGACGCUGCAAACCUAGACAGCCAGCCUGCACAGGAGGUGAACUCAGGUGGUGAUGCUAUGCCAGUUGCCAGUGGCUCGCCAGUUCUCCCUGCAGUUCCUAGCCUUUCGGAUGGAACAAAGCUGCCCAGUAAGCAAGGCGCUCCCACAAUGCCAGUUGCACCAAUGGUGCGCGGAGCCCCUGGCUUCAAUGCUGUUCCUAGCCCCUCAGAUGGCAACCUUAAGCAGCGUGUUAAGACUGAAAUGGCAGUUGCCACCUCAGAGCCCUCAGAAGUAUACGACCCAAUGAUGAAAGGGCCCCCAAAUACAGUAGCCACAGAUGCGCGCACGGGAAAGGAAGGGCCAUUGCCGGCCAUUGCAGAAUUCAAGAAUCCUGCAGUGUUUGAUGCCACCAAUAUCAAAAUUGAGCCCCAGGCUGGUGGUGCUGUUGACGGACCCAAUCUGCUUCAAGCACAGUUUCAACAGAAACAAGGACAGGUAAAUCUACUAAACCAAAAGCAAACACCACAACAUGUGAAUCAGCUACAGUCAAGCUAUCGCAGUGCACAGCAGCAGCAUGGUGGACCAAAUCCAGGCACACAACUUAGCCAUUAUGCCAAUCAGCAGCAGCAGCAGCAGCAACAGGUACUGCAGCAACAGCAGCAACAGGGAGGUGGCAUCACUGCAACUGGUUCUCAGUUUGGAAUGCAAAUGUCAAGGUCUCUGCAGUCUCUUCAGGAUCAGUUGAAACAGAGGCCUCACACCUUAGCAGGGGCCAUAGGUGGCACUCAGAACCUCAACACAGCGAUAAAUAGAGCAAGGUUCUCCAACACAAGGCAGAAUCAGGUUACCGGGAGACUGCCAAGUGUGGCCCAAAUUUUUGCCCAGAACAGGUUAAAUUCACAACAAGUACAGCAGCAGCAACAGCAGCAACCUCAGCAACAACAGCCUGCUGCGUUUCCAGUUGAUGGAGGUAUCCAGCAAGUUCGACAGAACAUGCCAGGGACUCAACAACAGCAGUUGCUUCAGCAACCACAGCAGCAGCAACAGCAGGCUGGACAGUUUGUGCAGCAACGCCCAACAUUGUCUCCUGCAAAGCAGCAGUUGCUGAGGCAGCAGAUGCUGCAACGACAAUUACGACAGCAGCAGCAAAGCCAACUGCUGAAGUUAACUCCAGAGCAGCGGUUCCUGCUGCUUACUAAGCGGCGCCAGCUGGUCCAGCAGAAACAGAAUGAGUUUCAGAUGUAUCAGCGGGGACCUCCACCACGCUAUGAUGAGACCCAGCAUCGGAACACAGCUUACGCCAACUCGCCUGGGCUCAUGCAACAGACACCCAAUGCCUCCACAAACCAAAUGACCGGGGGCAUAAGCAACAAUGCCUUGAUGGCAGGAAACAUUAGGCAAGGGAAUCCAUUGCAGCAAACGGUGCAACAAAGUAACUUGCACCAUCAGGGCAUGCGAACCAAUCAAACCAUGAUCCAGGCCGGACAGAUUGGGACCACGGGCACACAGCUCUCACAGGGCCUGUACCCAAAUCAGGCACAAGCCCAGUUCAUCCAGAGGAGGCAACAGUUGCUUCAGAACUUGGGCAGAAAUAAUAUGCAAAUGCCUGGCCAGGUUGGCCAACAGACAGGGACAGUGCUGAACCAGCUGGGUAGGAGUAGGGUGCAGGGACCCAACAGUGCUACCAAUUUAGGUGCAGCAGAGGCAUACAUGAAGCAGCAGAUGAGGGUACAAAAUCCAGGUCAGAUGUCGGCCCAGAAUGUCCAGGGGUCUAGUGCCAUGGCAGGUAAACCCAUUGGACAGACCCACCAAGUGUCCACUGUUGCCCGAUUCCCCAAUAACCUGAUCAACACCUCGACCAACGUGAGGACCUUUAUGCAGAACAUGCCCACACAAAACAUGAGCAUCCACACCAGCAUGACCACACAGGCUGUGCUGCAGCAGCAACAACAGCAGCAACAACAGCAGCAAGGCUAUGGUAACCAGCCCAGCAUUGCCACCUCCUCAGUUAUGCCACCAACCAGUCACAGUGAGCCUUCCAUAGUAACCGCGAUGUCCUCAGUUGCCACGUCGACCACCCAGCAGGUGUCUUUUUCGGCAAACUCCACCAACUUGCCCAUGGACCUGUUGGACAGUAAUGUGAACCUGGGGAACACCACCAUGAGUAAUGUUGACUUUGAUUUGGAUCUCCUGGAAAAUAUCCUCAAAACAAAAUAAUGAUGCAUCAGUAUCCUCUAAUCCUUAGAUUUUACACUUUUUGAAACAACAGAUUGUAGCUUUCGGGAUAUGAAAAUGCCAUAUUUUUCAUCAUCUACCUCAAUAGACAAGAUCGAAAAGGGGCUCACGACUCAAUGACCCCACCAAGUAGCUAUUGGUGGAGACAGAUUUUUAAUGAAUCGUCUGAUGCGAUCAUGACUAGAAUGCAAAUAACAAAUUUACAUGUACAUGGACAGGUACCUGAUAGCCUUGGAGCAGCCAAUAAACACAGGUGCACAUGUAUGUACAUAUUUUGGCACUGUACAUGUGUAUGUGCACAUUGGUGUUCAGACAAACUAGUAGCUACUUUGGCAGAUAUGUUCAUGUAUGUACUGGUACAUGUGCAUGUGACAUAUGCAGCAUAUUCUUCCAAAUUGGCAAUGGACAUUUGUUCCAUGGCAUUCAACUUACCAGUUUUAGCCAAGACCUGCACCCAUCUCUGUGUCAAGAUCGUUGUUGUUAUUUGUGGUUGUCCCAUCAUUUUGGAACAUCCUGUCUGGUACUUAUACAGUGUAAGCACAUGUAUGUCCAGUACAUGUACAUGCAUUGUAAUUCAAUGCUAUGUUUCUAUGUAGAGAAUUGUGAAUUUCUGUUUAUGUGUAAAGAGUUUAACUGUGCUUGUUAUGAUGCUUGUAUUAAAGUUCAGGUCAAAUUUUUCUUGUCCAACACUGUUAUGUUGUCAACUUGUGUACAUGUGCUUUGUAGUUCUGGACAGUCCAACUCAAAUUUACGAAUCAAGGUCAACAUUUAAGAAACUGCAUUGAAAUGAUAUUUCCAUUUCUCGAUUUAUAACCAGAAGCUUAUGUGAGACUGACAUUGCAUUGGCCAAAGUGCACUACGUAUAAUAGAGGAAAAUUUGUUAGUGUACUGUACAGUCAGCCAGCAUGGUUAUGGUUCAUUUAUUGAAGCUAGGCAAUCAAAUUAUCAAGUGAUUUCCUUUUUGUUGUAAGACAAAUGAUUAUUGUGUGGUACUGGUACAUGUACAUCUAUGUGCGCCAUCUGGUGCAUUUUUGUAGUUUCCUGUUAUGUACAUGUAUUUGUGUUGCCCCAAAAUGUUGUGGAGAAUGUUUUACUUUGCAACUUAAAAAAAAUACAACCAGCAUUAUUAACCCUAACCCCCGUAACAUGUGGCUUGAAUUGGCAAAAUUUGCUAGCACUAGUCAGCCAUCCGAAAACUUGAAUUUGUUUAAAAGGGAUAUGAGACUGGAUGCGUGGCAUUUGAAUUUGCAUGGUAAUUAUAAACAUAACACUGAGCAUGUUGUUGGCUGCCGAAAACUUUUAUUAUAUUUUGAAAAGUGUAUAUUGAAAAAAGACAAAAGCUGUUUUUAGCAUUUUGUGGCCUUUUUGUAGUAUUUUUGUUCUGUUUAAGAUUUGGGCUAAUUUUCCUGAAACUAAACAAAAGGUAACCUUUCAUGCCUAUCUUCAUGUGGAACCCUUGCCUAUUAAAUUGCUUUUUUUUUAUUUGAAAACUUGCUGUUAAUUGCAUUUGAAAAGAGUAUGUUGGCAAGUUGUUUAAACUAACUACCUGACACACCUGCUGGUUCAUCCCCCAGACAGAUGACAAGUAAAGUUAAUUGCUCACUGAAGGAGCACAGUACCAUUUCUAAGGCUGAAGUAACAGUGUGUCAUUUGCUCAUUAAAGUAUUCAUGGCAAUAAUGUUUCCUUAAAUGACAGAGUGGAUCAUUUCUUAUUGACUCAAAGAUCUCUCAAUUUCCUUAAGUCACAUGUUUGGAGAGAUUUUGUGCCAUUUCUGGCUUGAAAAGAUCACACGAUUACCCAAUUUUU